AUGUCCAUUAGCGAAGUGUGUGGGUCAGAUAAUUCGAUGGACAGUGAGCCAGGGCUGAGCCGAUUCCGUAGCAGCACACGCCCUCCACUGGGCGGUGGCACCGCGGAAGUUCGCCUGGGCUCCGGACCCCGCGCCUUGCUGGUGACUCAGGACCUACCCGCAGGGGACAUCACUUUCUUCGUGGACGUUUACACCACCUUUGGUGGUUCCCUUCGCGCCACCGUGGAUGUCACGGUGGAUGCAUGGCCCGUGUCGAACGCCACGAGCCAACGUUUGGCGGACGCCUUGAGCGCCAUUGAGUUGGCCGAUCCGGCGGCUGCUAUUGCCCAGCUGCCGGUGCUCCUCACGCAGUUUCCAGAAGGUGGCAAUGUGAGCAAUCGUCAGCUGAUGACCUCCUUCCUCGAGACCUGGUCCAAGAGCCGCGAUCGUCUCCUGGCCAGUUCCGCCUCGGGCUUGCCAUCAUGGCCCCCACCUGGCCUGGGGCUCACUGUCUCGACGCUGAUGGAGUCUCUUCGGCCUCUUUGCUGGCGAUUCGUGGGUGCAGAUGCGCAACUGGAAUGUUCCAAAGCAAUGAGGCCGCUAGUUGCUGCUUCCUUUCCCAGUGCUUCUGUGAUCGAUGUGCUUCGCUUGAUGCCUGAGCGCUGCCCUGAACCCAUCCUGCAACCAGAGAAGAGGCUUGCCUCCUCCCUGAUCCGAUCCCUCACGGACGUGGCCUUCAUGGACACGGCUACGGCAACCACGCAGGCGGAGGGUCGACUUCGCAGUGUGAGGAGGACGCCCUCCCAAAGGAUCCAAUACUUAGAAGCCAUGGCUCUUUUCUUCCGGUGUGGCCAUGGUUCCUGUUCAGCCUUGCCUUUGCGUAGCCCUACUAGGAGGCGACGUGAAAAUGGUUUUGUUGGCAAACUGCAAGGCCAUCCUGCCGGGCAUUCGAAAAUGUGGUCGCUCUUUGCCUUGCUUGCGCUUCGGGCAUCCGGCCUGUCAACCUUUGCAGUCCCUAAUGAACGAAAGCAGCCUCCUCUUCACCUCCAACGCCAGAAAGAGGGCUUGGAUGUGUAUCAAUCUGCCGGAGCCGAGUUUUAUGAUGCCAUUAACCUUCCAGGCGUUCGAAUUGAGCCGACCAAAGAGGAGCACAGACUUGCAUCCAGAAUCAAAGCCAGUGGAAAUGGAGAGCCUGGUCAGUGGAGCCAAGUGCAGCAGAUCCUUUCCGAGUACUCUGGGUAUAGCCCUCUAGUUCUAAAUGCUGCGAUGCGGGCAGCCUUGAACAGCAGAAUGUACCCCGAAGGUGCAAGGUUGUUCGAGCGUUUGCGAAGAUCGAAUGCACCUAUCACUUUGCCCGUGUACCCCACUGCUUUGAAACUCUAUGGAAAGCUGCAUGACGAGGGGGAAGUUAGGAAGUUGUGGAAAGAAUUGGUGCACUUCGAGGCUGUGAACUAUGUUGUUGUCCAGGCGUGUAUUGACGCGUAUGCAGACAAUGGGAAUAUUACAGGCGCAGCAGAAGUGUUAGAAUACUUGGAGAACAACACUAUUCAGAUGAACGCUCGGCACUUUACAUCUGCCAUCAAUGCUUGUGCCAAUUCGAAGGAAAACUACAGGGCACGGGCUGCCAAAUUCUUGCUAGAAAAGUUGCUAGAGAAGGGACUGCAACCGAGCAUAAUAACAUACUCAUGUGUGAUACGAUCAAUGCAGCAAUCUGAAGGCCAGGAGCUGUUGGACCUCGUUUCCAAUAUGACCGCUCAGGGUGUGAAGGCAAACAAUGUGUUUGCGGAAAAUUUCUUCUACCAGUUUUUGAAGCAACCAAAAGAAGGUUCCUGGACCAGCAAAGCGGCUGUCGUUGCUGACCUUCGGAAGCUGCCGCGAGAGAAUUUGAAGAGGGCCAAGGAUGUUAUGAAUGAGUUCUUGGCUGCAGGUGUUGAGCUCAAUGCAUCUUGUCGUCGCAUCAAGGCAGCUCUAGAGAUGUCCUUGGUCUUGGAGGGCUACCGGCGGUUAAAAGUUUUGCAACAGUGGGACGUGCGUGACACUUCCACUGCAGCAGAGGCAGGAGCUUCCAGUGGCAAGGCCUCCGCUGCGCAACCCCUGGCAUCCAGCGUGGAAGCCAUGGGCUGGAUCUUGAGCUCCAUGGCGGAUGCACAUUAUUCCCUGAUCCCACAUCUGACACCAGGUGAGAGCUUCGAAGUCACCUCACCUGGGCUGAAAUUUUUGUCCACGCGCAUGCUGCGCGGGUCCACCUUCCAAAACUACACUGAGACCCGGCCUUUCAUGUUGGAAGUGGAGCCCAACUUCAUGAAUCCAAGCAGUUGCUCGGCAGUGUUUUCUCCAGCCCUGGGGUCCACUGGGGCCCCGGUUCCCUUGGGAUCUUCAGAAAACCCUGGGGAAAAGAUUCGUCAGUCCACCCCCAUGGCUGCCUGUGAUGUGGUCGGCAAGAAGCCCAUCGAAGAUUUGUGCAGCACUGACAGUGGAACCAGCUAUACCUCGUCGACCUCAGGGGUCUCUGAGAAGAGGCCCCUGCCAGAGUCAGACUUUGAUCCGCGCCAAACGAAUUUGAAUUUCUUUCAUGACUUUGCCAAUAUCGAGAGCGUGAUCUCAGGAUCCUUUACCAAAGUGAAGCAGCUCAGCAGCUGUUGCCGUGGCGAAGGCUCCAUCGAGCUGCACCGCUUCACCUCCGCGGUGGGCUCCGCGGCGUCGGAGGAGGUGGUGGUGAAGAAGCUGCCGCUGCGGCGGGUGAACGUCAACAAGGGCAAGGUGGCGAGUGAACAGGCACUUUUGUUUCGCCACGCUUCCCGGGACUCAGAAGACCCUUUGGCUGAGAUCGGAGUCUUCGGCUACCUGCGGCAGUGUGAGCAGGUCCCAGAGUACAUCCUGGAAAUGCGGGUGGCGUUUUUCGCGCAGGAGGACGUUUGGCUGGUGUUGGAGCACGCAGAUGGUGGAGAUUUGUUUGGAAUGAUCUCCAGUCACCAUCCCAGCAAAGAUCUCAUCUGGUUGUGGUCCUGGCAGUUGCUGCAGGCGGUCGCCUUCCUCCAUAAGCAGCAGAUUUGUCACAGAGACAUUUCUCUGGAGAAUAUUUUGCUGAGCAAAGGUGAUAUUCGUUUGAUGGAUUUUGGGCAAGCAGUUCGUAGCCAAUCUUCAUCUGGUCAAUUGCUUCGCUACUUCCUGGCCACCGGGAAACCUUACUACCGGCCCCCAGAGACCUACAUCCCUGGCAGCCAAAGGCUACAAGUGAUGGUGCCUCCUGGCCUAUCGCCAGGGCAGGUGGCGUUGGCCUAUACCCCUGGACAGGAGUUCUUGUGCCACGUGCGUCUCCUGGACGUGGAGGCAUCGGUGGCAGAGCCCUACGGCUACACGGCCCCGGCGGUGGAUAUCUUUGCGACGGCCGUCAGCGUCCUGAUCAUGUUCUUUGCCGCGCCCCCAUGGAAGCAGGCCAGGCCCACGGACAGCUACUUUCAAUGGGUCCAAUCCAAUGGCCUCUUGGCCUUGGCCAAGAGUUGGAAGAAGCCGCUGCCUCUGCCCAUGACGGACCUCUUGGGUCGGAUGCUGCGUUCCAACGCCGAGCACCGCCCGGCCGCCGAGGAAUGCCUGGAGCACAGCUGCUUCGCCACGCUGCGCUCGGCCCCGGUGGCGUUGCGCACGGCGGGCGACCUGCUGGGCUUGGCCCCAGGUGCUGAGGCGGUGCCACGUCUGGCAGGCGACUGCUACCGAGAGCCCGAGUGGGUGUGCCGCUCCGCGGGGCCUGGCAUGGCCAUGGAUUCGGCUGCGGGAGGAGAGUGGGAUCUGAUGCUGGGGGAUCCCUACCAUGAACCUCAGGGAAUGGAGUUGAUGAAUGGUGAAUGUGAGGAAUGGCAGCAGCUCCUUUGUGAGGCACCGCCGCCCUUAACCUUGUUGCGGGAAGAUAGGACCGAAAUCAAGGAAUUGGAUGCGGCAUUCCUGGCCUCACGUGAGGGCGGGUAACUUCCUUUAGAUGCUGAGGAAAGCAGUGUGAAUUCACGGUGUGAGAGGCAAGAUUUCAGGAGCCUUGUGUACAGUGAAGGGUUCCCAAGCUGCCUUCACAGGCGCCAACCUGUCCCGCUGAACUGCUGAAACAAGUAACAGUAGUGACAUGACACUUUUUGAUACUUUUUGACUUUUUGCUGCUAUUGGGCAAAGGUACUGUAAUGGAAUAUGACGGAAUCUGAAUCAACAUGGAUCAAUA